UCAAUAAAAUAUAUUCAUUGCAUAUAUUUGAGUAUAUUUGGUCAUCAAAUAAUAAUAUAUUCAUUGCAUAUAUUUGAGUAUAUUUGGUCAUCAAAUCCCUAUAUUCAAAAUGAUGUCCCUACGAAAUAUUGCGAAUAUGUCCCUUAACAUUCCCCUAAGAGCAGUGGUUGGUGGCACUAACCUGUUAGGUAGUGGCACUAAUCUAUCUAAUACUGGCAUCGUUGGGUGUGCCACCAACGUUGGCACUCAAGACUCAUCCAGAAUCCCCUUCAAUCGGGGAGUUUUCAUCUCCCAGUCUACAAACAUCUACUCGAACCUUGCUUUCGAGGACUGGCUCUACAAGAAUUGGUCAUUUGAGAAGCGAAAUGUGAUGUUCAUAUGGCAGAAUUCUCCAUGUGUGGUGAUAGGGAGGCACCAGAACCCAUACGUGGAGGCCAACCUUCAGUACCUUGAGAGUGCUGGAGUACCUGUUGUUAGACGUAACAGUGGUGGAGGAGCUGUCUAUCAUGAUGAAGGCAACCUUAACUGCACUUUCUUCACCACUAGGGACAGGUACAACAGAAAGGAAAAUCUCGAGGUUAUCUGUCAGGCACUUCAGGAGGAUUUCGGCAUUCAAGCCCACAUCAACCACAGAGAUGAUAUCAUCAUUGGUCAGGACUUCAAGGUGUCUGGGACAGCAGCAAAGUUGGGCCGUCAGUCAGCUUAUCAUCACUGUACCUUGCUGGUUAGAACAAACAAACAACAGAUGAAGCUGGCUCUCCAGGGAGAUAAGAAUAUCCAGAGCAAAGCAACAGCUAGUAUCCCAGCACUGGAGAAUCUGCAUGAUGCCAAUAAAGCAUCUGGGUAAAAAAAGCUCAUUUCAGCAAUUGGUCGCAAAUACCUAGAAUCUUCCACAAAAGGAAUAACGCUUCCUCACAAGCAGAUGUAUAAAACUUUCCAAUGCGCUCCCACAUUGAUAAAUCCCACUGAUGAUUGGUUCCCAGGACUGGCUAAAGUGGAGGCUGAGUUGUCUUCAUAUUCGUGGUUGCAUAAUAAAACGCCUCGCUUCACUAUUACUCGUCCAGUUACAGUUCCUGAGUGUGUGGCCCAUAAUACUACAGUCAACAUUGCAGUGCAGGUUUACCAUGGCAAGGUUGAGGAUGUAAAAAUAGCAAGUCAAGAUGUUUGUCCAGAUGUUGCAGACCUGAUUAAUGAAAUUGGUGGGGCAUUAAAGGGAUCACAGUACACACCUGCAAUUUUCAAUGAUUUAGCCAGUCGAAUGCGUCUUCCACAGCCCCUUCGGAACCAGCGUUCUGUGAUGUAAACUGAAGGAUAAACAUUGAGCUUGAGAUAGUUUUGAAGAUAUAUUUAUUUUGGUAGCAGGGUUUAUUUUCAUACAUAUAUACAUAUAGAUAUACACUGGUGAGUGAUGGGGCUGCUUCAGCUGAUUUACAGAUUAGAGAUGAAGCCGUAAACAUUGUUUUGUCCUCAACCUUUAUCAUAUAUUCAUGGAGAAGCUCGACCCUCUCAUAGGGGAAUGAGAGACAAUCACAUUUGAUCCAGAUAAAGAGGGAAGGCUUGUUCCAGUUCCUUUGAUGAAACUCUCCCGGUAUCCCUUACACAUUGUAACAUCUAUAGAGUCAGUUUGAGAAUGGUCUCUUGACUAAAACAUUUAAUGUUUCAGCUUCAGUUUUGAGUUAAUUUAUUGUGCUUACAGUAUUGUGUUAUAUUCUUUAUGGGACUUUUAGAAAUAUUCUUCACUUUAAAUAAUGUUCAGAAUAUGACAAACUUUUGUACUUUGCUGCUUAUAUAAUAGUGAAAUAUUGAUGUGAUAAGUUUAUUAAGUACUGUAUACGUAUACGUAUACACCUACCAUCCGACUUACGACCGAGUUCGGUUCCGAGAAACCGGUCGUAAGUCGAACUUUACUACUGAAUAUCAACGAAACAUUUUUGUAAUGUCUUUAUUUUAAUGUUUUCUUUUGGUAUUUCAUGUUUUACUUUACUUUUUAUGCUGUUAGUACUGUAUUUUAUACUGUAAGGUUUAGGAUAAACACUGUGUACAACACAAAUAGUUGUUUAUUUCCCAGAAAUUUGGCAUAAAAAACACGGUCGUAAGUCGAGUGGUCGUAAGUCGAGCAAGUCGUAAGUCGGAUGGUAGGUGUAUAUUUAUAUAUGGAUCUGUUAAUUUUAGUAAUAUAAUGGGUUAUACUGUGUGUUACAAUCAUGGUAAGUUCUCAACCAGUAAGAGGCCACACACUUCUUGAGGAAUAGCAGUAAAUCAGCUUUGAUCUGAGGAAGGAGGUCAUAGCUCCAAUUCCUUGGCUCAAGAGCCCCAUUAAAAAACCAUACAUGGAAGAUAUUUUAAAACUAAUGAUGGCUAUGUUGCAACACAAUUUGCUUAUGCAUUAUAUUAUGCAUUAUAUUAAAGCUAGCCCUUGUGGCUUAGCGCUUCUUUUUGAUUAUAAUAAUAAUAUAUUAAAGCUUUCCUAUAUACGUAUGUAUA